AUGGUACUCUUCAAGAAUCUGGGUCUGAUAGGCCCACCUGGAAGCGGCAAGGGAAGUUAUGGCCGUCAUUUGGCCAAAGCCUUGCAAAUUCCAGUAGUGUCCAUGAGUGACGUCUUGCGAGAACAACUGCCAGAUCUUAAUCUGGGAGAUGGGAAACUCAUUGAUGACGAGGUCGUGAGCAAUGCUUUGUUGGAAUCCCUGAAAGACAAGAACAAUGGUACUACGAAUGGAACUGGAUACCUACUCGAUGGCUUUCCUCGAACCCUCAAACAGAUCCAUGUCAUGAAGGACAGCUUUCCGCCACAAUAA